AUGAACGUCGCACGAUUGGCCGUGCGACCUAGCGCAUUUGCGCGCACCGUGGAGGCGGCGCAUAGCAGAGCAGGCCGCCAGUCAUCAAACCCCUCAAUUUCCUCUCUUUCCUCUCAUUUCCCUCGUUUGCCUGUGUGGCUUUCAUGUCGUUCUUCUUUCUCGACCUCCGCUCCUGCCUUCUGCGCAAAACACAACCCCUCCAAUCCCGCCAGCGCAAACGCCGAUCAAUCUAACACCCCCAACUCAGAUCGCUACUCGUCCGCUCUGCGGCAGAACAAAGAAUGGGCCGCUCAGACUGCCCGCGAACACCCUGACCUUUUCCCUACCCUCGCGACCGGCCAACAACCCCAGAUCCUGUGGUUAGGAUGCUCCGACUCUCGCUGCCCGGAGACCACCCUGCUGGGCCUGAAGCCCGGCGAUGUCUUCGUCCACCGCAACAUUGCCAAUAUUCUGCACCCCGGUGACCUAAGCUCCGGCGCCGUCAUCGAGUACGCCGUGCAGCACUUGCGCGUCAAUCACGUCGUGGUUUGCGGCCACACCGCCUGUGGUGGCGUUGCCGCCGCCAUGGGCAACAAGCAACUCGGUAUUCUGGAUCCCUGGCUGCUACCGCUGCGUCUCGUGCGCGAGCGCAAUCUUGCUCUGCUGCAGAGCCUGUCGGAGGAGGAGGCAGCACUCAAGCUCGUUGAGCUUAAUGUGCGCGAGGGUCUGGAUGUGGUCAAGCAGAAGGGUGCCGUCCUCAACGCGAUCCAGGAACGUGGACUCCAGGUCCACGGGCUGAUCUACGACGUUGCCUCAGGUGUCUUGCGGGAAUUGGACACACAGGACUCCGAGGAGACCAUCAGGUCUCGAUUGACGGCAUUCGCAGUUCGCGAUUAG